CUAUGCUAAAAAAUUAGGUUAUUCCUAAAAUACAUAAAUAUUUAUAUUAUUAUUUAAGUUUGAAUAAUAAAUAAAAUUGUAAUUAAAACUGUUUGAUUAGUGUAGCCAAUAUAAAAUACAAAACCUCAUCCAAUCCACACAGUUUAACUUUAUAACUACUAAAAUAACUGCUCUAAUUUUUUAAACCCUGGUUCGACUAUUAAGAUGCCUAGUGCAGUUACCGAGCCCGUUGCCGAGGUAGUCUCAGAUGAAAGUAAAAUCAGUGAAAGUCGUACGAAUCGUAUGUGGGUUGCGUUAAAAGCUCAUGUUUUACGAGAACGCGCUAGAAAACAGCAACAAAGAGAAGCAGAGGUGGAGGAAGAACGGCAAAGACGUGAACGAGAACGCCAGGAUGUGAUGACACUCAGCGAAACGAAAACACAAAUUACUGAAUUAGAAACAAGGCUUGCUGAAUUGAAAGAGGAAAAACAUCAAUUGUUUAAGCAAUUAAAGAAAGUUUUGCAUGAAGAUGAUAGUCGACGUCGUCAAUUGGUGAAGGAGAAUGAUAUGUUAUCUGCUCCUGUUCCACAAAUGAUACCUGGACCAAUGCAUCCUCAAUUAUUCUUAUCAAGUCCAUCGGGACAGCCACAAAAUUUACAAUCUGGGCAAACGACACCAUAUAAAAAUCAAAUUCAAGCUGGAAAACGUGGGCGCAGUCCAAGUCCACCACAACAGAUACCGGUUACAUAUGCACAACAACAAAGUACGACUUAUGCAACUUACAAGACACCUCAACAGCCUCAAUACCAACCUCAAAAAGACGAAACGAGGCGCCCACCGGAAUUCGUUCGAGCUGUUCUUUGGAAUAAACCAUCUCAAUAUACAAAUCAACCACAAACAAGUUUCUAUGCUAUUACACCAACUGAUCGAACUCCAAUUGUAUACUACCCAACUGGAGGUAUUGGAACACGCAAUUCAGAUUCGGUUGCACCAAGAGGGCCACCUGGUUUAUAUGAAACAUACAGUUUACCCCCUGGAGCUCGCCCACCACCACAAUCAUCUACACAUGUAACAGUUCGUGGUGGAACUAUACCAAUCAGUCCAGCUCAAUCGAUGUCCAAAACUGGUAGCAUCACGGCAGGCUACCCAGUUCGAAGUCAACCCGUUGCUCAAUAUCAACAGCAAAAUGGAAUGUAUACUUCUGGCGGGCUACCACAAAAUCGGCAAUUAUAUUCAACACAACCUGGAGCCACUCUAGCUGGAUAUCCACCCCCACGUGAUUAAAAAUAUUCCAUUUUAAAUAAGUUAAAUUCCAUUACGAUUCGAGGCUUUAGAAUAUAUUUAUAUAUUUAAGAUUCCAUUUUGAUCCCUUGAAUUUCGAGAAUUCAUUUUUAUUACAUUAAUUAGAAAAGAAUUUUGAAAUGGCAAGGCAGGUAAACCUUGAUUGAAUAUUCUCAUAGAACAUAGUGGUCACAAUUAUGAAAAUUCUAGAAAUAUCAGAGAACAAUCUCCUAAUUUUGAGUUUUUGUUUAGUUUUGAGAGAAGUUGUAAGAAAAGUAUUAUCACAAAAAGGCGAAAUAAAUCGUUGACGAAUGGGAAAUUUCUCGAAACUUUUCGAAAGAUGAGGUUUAAGCUACAAACAAUUUUCCAAUAACCCUAAAGUGGUAGGCCUGUAUUAAUUCAAUAAAUUUGAAAAGCUUAAUUAAUUUUACACGUUAAAAAUAUUUGAAAAUCAAGGUUGGUCUCUUUUCGAAGUGUAAAAAGGUCGAAAGUAUUUUCAUUUUACACUUUUGUUCUAUAAAAAAAACUAAAUUAAAAAAAAAAAAAGGAUUCGGUAUACUCUAAUUUGUUUUUAAAAUCGACAGAGAUUGUGCCUAGCCACAGCCGUAAAUAUUUAGAGAAUAGAAAAGCGGUUUCAAUCCUACAUAAAUACUCUGAUGUUAAUUUUUUAAGCUUGGUAUUCAAUAAUUAUGAUAUGCGCUUCUGUAUGUUUUUACAACGCUAUUGAAUGGUUAACAUUAUUAGUAUCAAAAUAAUUUCUUAAAAAAUUUAGUGGCAACGAAAUUUUUUAAUAAUACAC